UUUAGAUACUGUUAUCAAAUAUACAACUCAGAGCAACUGGAACUUUGGAAAUAUGAAAGUGAAUUUGAUCGUAGGUGAAAUAAAUCAUGAAAAUACUGAUGUUAUAGUUAAUACUGUUGAUAAUAACUUGGAGUUACGCAAAGGUAUGCUAUCUAGGAAUAUUUUAAAAGAGGCUGGAGAUCUUAUACAAAUUGAAUUGAAAUCAAGGUACCCAAAAGGUAUCAAAGUUGGCGAGGUCGCUAUUUCAAGCGGAGGUAACUUGCAGUGCAAACAUAUUUUUCAUGCCUGUAUUCCAUUUGCCACUGGACGAAAUUCAGAUGAGAUUACAGGCUUGGUAAAAUUCUGAAAGAGGCUGAAAAAAUGAAACUCGGCUCAAUUUCAAUGCCUGCAAUUGGUACUGGAAUUUUAGGAUAUCAAUUAGAUGUAGCUGCCAGUGCGCUGCUUGAGGGCAUUAGAUUAUUUUCCCAAAGCCAUAGAGUGACUCUCAUAAAAUUGAUCAACAUUGUGAUAUUUCCAACAGAUGUAGAAAUAGCUCAAACUUUUAGAUCGAUUUUAUUUCGCCAAGAUGAUAUGGCUGGUGAAAGCAAACAAGAGGGGUUAAAAUUCACUGAUCCUAGUAAAGAUCAAAGUGUUACAGUCAACGGACUAUCUCAAGAAGUAGAUCUACAGAUUUUUUCUGACAAUGCUAAUAAAAGACGCAUAGCAGAACAAGUCCUCCAGGAGGAGUGUUUAUCAGCUUUUAAAAUUGAAGUAGACAAUGAUAAAAACCUGCAGCACCUGAAACCUGAUCAAAUCAAAGAAUUAGAAAACAUUGGUCUCCGAUACGGAAUCAAAGUUGGCAUUGAAUCUGACCAGUUAACAAUGCAAGGAUUUAGAUAGGACGGAAUGCUGCAAGUUCAGAGAGCAAAGGAAAAAUUAAUUUUGGAAGCAGUGGGUCAGCAUCACCGAUCACUUCUUACUGUGAUGCAGUCAUCUAUAGAAUGGCAGUAUAAAAAGAAAAAUAGAUGGGUUAGCUUCACACCUUUACUUAACGGCGAGUUAGAAAAAGCCAGGAAGGAUAGCACCACAUUUAAACAUGUCGAUGUUUCUGGGACCAAAUAUAAUUUCAACUUUGCUGCAAAGAGAGUUCUCGUAGAAAAAGGAGAAAGACAAACGACAUUGGAAAUCAGACGUUUUGAUAAAACGAAAGAUGGAGAACCUUUGCCCAGACAUUGGAAAGCCAUGUCGGAAACAGAAAAUUUGAAAUUAGUAGAAAUUAGACCUGGAUCUGUAGAAUAUGAUAAUGUUGAAGCCCAUUUUAAAUUGACAUGUGGCGGUUAUCCAGUUAAAAAGAUUGAACGCAUUCAAAACAAAAGUUUGCAUCAGCUGUACGCUGCUAAGAAAAGAGAGAUGGAUUUGUACAAUCCUCGAGGUCAUCCAAAUGAACAGAACCUGUUCCAUGGGACUUCAUCACCGCCUAUUCCACAGAUUAACGAAAACGGAUUUAACAGAAGCUACUGUGGUGUUAACGGUACACUGUACGGUAAAGGUGUUUACUUCGCACUAAAUGCAUCCUACUCUGAAAAAUAUGCCGUGCCAGAUGCACAAGGAAAUAAAUACAUGUACAGAGUAAAAGCUUUGACCGGAGAAUUUAUUGAAACAAACAAAGAAACAAAUUACCUGCCCAAUAAACCGGGAAGUAACAGACCUUAUGACUCUGGUGGUAAUAGUAGCAGAGGAAUCUACGUCAUAUUUCAUGAUGCUCAGGUUUAUCCUGAAUAUUUGAUUACAUUCUAAAACUGGGAUAAAAACAACUCUUUUUUGUUUGUUUAAAUCGGAAAUGACCUAAUAAGCUUUGUAAAUUUUUUUAAUGGUUUGGACAUUUUGAAAAUGUAUUUACAAAUAAUAUUUUUUUCUAUGUAUAAAUUGUGUUAUUUAAAAGAUGGUUUGAUGGACUUAUUUUUUAUAGUAAAAAAUAGCUUUUUUUUUUGUAUGUCCUUUAGUACUUGAUACUUGAUACAUCAAGACAUAUAAGAAAUGUGUUCUAAAUAUUUUUAAAACUCGUAAGCGGCCAUGUGGGUCUCUCAUGCUUACACAUUGAUAUAUACAAUUGUACGUCUUCAUUGUGUGAGUUGUUAAGCGUAACUUGGGCGGCUGCCUGGCCGUGCGGCAUGUAAGCUGGUCCGUUGUUCGGUCUUCGCGAUGGUCCCAGGCUCAUGCAAGAACAAAGAAGGCCGCAACACUGACCUGCGACGUCGUAACCUGUGGGCAGUGGAGACCGAUAGCUCGUUGCCACGUCUUACAGACCUGUUACGUUUUAUCAUCUUCCCUAUGGACCAUUUGGUCUGAAAGGAGUACUUGAGUCCACACAACUGGCAUUCAUUGGAGAAAGAGAUUAGCUUUACACCAUCUUUCCCAUAAUUAGCCAUAAACUUUGAUUUUUAUCGCAUUAUACACUUGCUAAAUUACAAUUUAUAUAAAAUAUACGUAUACACAUUAUAUAAUUUUUUCAGGAAUAUAUAUAUUAUACACUUGUAUAACCGUGAUUAUUUUAGCUACAAAAUAGCAUCGUUGUUUAAGAAGGGUUUAAUUUUUUAAACUAAUUAUAUAAUGUUAAAUCUUUUUCGUAUACCGGUACAAUAAUAUAAUUGUUUCAAAGGAUGUGUUUAUAUAUUACUACGUAUUAGGCCUAUAUGUCUCGUGAGCGGCAAUGUUUUUCUUGGUACAGGUUUCUUCGUGCACAUGAAGUUGAUGAACUAUAAUUCUGAGGUUUAUAUGCUUGUGAGUCUUGGACGCUGCCUGCAGAGCUAGAGAGGAGAAUCAUUGUAAUGGAAUUGAGAUGCUACAGAAGGAUCCUAGGUAUCACAUUCAAAGACCGCAUCACAGAGUUACUGGAGCGAUUGGACCCAAUGAUGAUCUGCUAACUAUCGUAAAAAAGCGCAAGCUAAAAUUCUAUGGCCAUAUUACAAAAUCUUCGGGGCUCACAAAGACCUUCCGUCAGGGAACAGUACCAGGAAAAAGAAGAAAAGGCAGACAGAGAAAGCGAUGGGAGGACAACAUAAAACAGGCCUGCCAUUGAAAGAGGUUCUAACUAAGGCAAAAGACAGAGAGGAAUGGAGUAAGACGGUCGACGAAUCUUGCAUGGUGCCCCAACGGUCCAACUGACUAGGUGUAAACGUCAUGCCCUAAUAGUUCCUUGUACUUCCUCUUGUGAAGAAGAUAGUUGGGCUGAUGUUUCUUUCUUUGCCACGGUGUACACUGUUUCCUGGUGCCUAAGUAUUCAGAUGAUCGUAUGCCUAUUUAGUUUCGAUUUGUUUGGGUGCGCUUCGCUGCUGAAGUUUUGAUUUAGCGGCAUCUCUAGAUCUUUGCUUAUUCUAUGAAUUCUUUGUUUUUAGGUUGCUAGGUCUGACCGUGUUGAGCCACACUUUGUACGUGAUUAAAUCAGUUCUUGUGGAAGGUUCAGCCAGUCCUUGGCUAGCGCAGAACCUCGUUUCUGCUCAUGUAGCUGUUAAUGUUCCAGGCCGUCAGGCCGGGAUUAAGUGUAUGUGUGAGGUUUGUUCUUUACUCAUGUACACAAGACAUUAAAUGAAUUGACUGACAUAGUGACGCAGCAUAAUUUGAAAUAGCAUUAAUCGUCCAUUUCUUGUUCAUUAUUAAAUGUUCUCUUGUUAAAUGAGUGUUGACCAUUUAUCUAUUUAACUUCUUUGUUUUUGGUGCAGUCAUUCUCAUUUAUUGAUGGGUAACCCGGCUAAUCUCAAGUAGGUCUAUGUCGUAGUUAAACCUGUAAAACCCAUCUCGAUAUCAUACACAAUCUUUUAUAAUGUGUAAUAGCUUUCCUUUAAAUG